AACAUUUGUGGGAAUAACUGAAAAAUUUCAACAAAAAAAUGAGGGAAUAAUGCGUCUAUGGGUUGGCCCAACACAGCCAGUGGUCAUCAUAUUUGAUGCCGAAUUAGCUGAGAUACUAUUGACUAGCAAUACAAACAUUGAUAAGUCACCUGAAUAUGAUUUUGCAAUACCAUGGCUAGGACUCGGUUUAUUUACCAGUACUGGUGACCGUUGGCGCCAUCAUCGCAAACUGUUGACCCCUGCGUUUCAUUUUAAAAUAUUGGAAAGUUUUGUACCCAUUAUUAACAAACAACAACAGAUUAUGAUGAAUAUCAUUGACGACCAACUGGCCAAACAUACCGGUGCUGCUGCUGUUAUCGAUGAUAUACGACCAUUGAUUACUAACUGUGCUCUCGAUAUUAUAUGCGAGACAGCAAUGGGUGUCAGUAUUGACGCCCAAACAGAUCCCGAAUCUAAAUACUCGAAAGCCGUACGAAAAGUUUUGGACUUAUUUACCACAAGAUUUUUGAGUCCCUGGUUAUGGAAUAAUCUAUUGUUUCAAUUGACUCCAACCGGUUAUCAACAGAGAAAUACUAUUAAAUUUUUGCAUAACUUUACUGAUUCGGUAAUUAAACGUAAAAAAUCUGAAAUUAUGGAUCGACUAAAAUCGGGUAAUAGUAGUGUCGAUAAUAAUAUUGACGACACAAUGACAUCGAUCGGUACGAAACGUGUUCUCGCAUUUCUCGACAACCUAUUGACACAAAACAUCAAAAAUCCCGACCAAUUUACCGAACGGGAUAUACGGGCCGAAGUGGACACAUUCAUGAGUGCCGGUCAGGACACGUCAUCGGCUACAACACAGUUUGCAUUGCAGCUGAUUGGCCACUAUCCCGACGUACAGGCUAAAAUUCACGAAGAAUUGGAUAGCAUUUACUCGGACGACCCGAACCGGGAUAUAAAGUUUGAUGACCUGAGACACAUGAAAUACUUGGAAAAGUGUAUCAAAGAGGCGCUACGUAUUUAUCCGCCGGUGCUGUUCAUUGCCCGCCGGAUAACCGAUGAGUUGAAGAUCAAACAGUAUACUAUACCCGAAGGUACCAAUUGUAUGGUAUUGUUCUAUCAGUUACACCGGGAUCCCAAAUAUUUCCCGGAUCCCGAAAUCUAUGAUCCGGAUAGGUUUUCGGCUGAUAAUACCAACACUAGACACGCGUUUGCCUAUACGCCGUUCAGUGCCGGACCGCGCAAUUGUAUUGGACAGAGGUUUGUAUAG